GUAAAAAAUCCACCAAUCAAGAGCGGAUUUCGAGAGGAGAGAGCUCUCUUCCGCACUCUCCUUGUGUUCCUCAUAAAUGUCCAGCAUCCAGAAUCAAGAAUCCCAGCUGAGGAUAUAAAAGAAUGAUCCAAGAUGCAUCCGGAUGGCAUUGUGAAUGCACCAGCAGAAGGAAUAAGAUUCAGGUUUAGACUCAAGAAUGCCCUACCAGUGGAUACUCAUCAUCAUCAUGGUGGCGUUGAUAGCUUCAUGUGGCGCCCAACCGAGCACCACCCGUCCCAAGCUAAUCAUUGAGGAGCUGGAACCGAUGAGAUAUCACUUCAUCACCGAACAUAGACCCACUUCACUGGGCCAGAAUUAUUAUUUAAAGCCCGGUCAGGUGGUUGGUAGCAUUACCCUGGAUUCUGAUACCCUGCAAGUGCGGCAUGAUGAGGAGAAUCCCAUGACCAAGCCGGUGGUCAGCAAGCACAAUAUUCUCUUUGUGGCCAUUGCCAAGGAUAUGGCCGAGAAGACACGACUCCGAAGGAAAUAG